AUGAUGGUAGUCUUAGUUCACUGGCUCUCGAGCCUUGUUUCACACUCGUCCUCCUCCCCCAUCCCGCUUCCCACCUCUCCACUUUGUCUCCGCCCCUCGGAAUCCGAGGCUAUCCCGGUCGUGGCUAGUGAAUUUCGUCCUUUACAUUUGCAUGCAAUAUGCACGCAUUCUAUUUCAGUGUUUCUUCUCUCUCAAACUCUACUAUCCUACCUGCAUUCGCCAGGCUAUCAUGCACUUCAGCCUGAUCUCACACAACCCCUUACCCCCUACUCCACCGAAGAGGUGGGCCAGUGUCAUGCCAUCGCGAGAAAUCUCAUUUUGAUGUGA